AUGGAGUCUGUGGGAAGUCAAGGCUCCUGUGCUGGGGCCCCAAGGCUCUUACUGGUUCCCAGUCCAAUCCACCCGGACCUCCAGGUGGAUUUGGAUGAGGAGGACGAAGAUAUAGUGAUUGGAAUACGACCUAAAUCCUCUCCUCAGCCUCGAAGGAAGACCUCAAUAAGCGAAGAGGAGUCGGACCUCUCAGAACCUCCAUCGUUGAGCGGCUCUCGUAGAGUGUCGUUCGCAGGACGCUGUCGGACUGAGUUUGGUGCAAGUGAAAGAGUUCGACAAAUGGGACGUCCCCGCAGCUUCCAGACUUUUUAG